CUGUGCGCAGACAACUGUCCGGCUUCACUCCGAAAUGUGGACAACGCGCGUGGAGACCAUUUGAGCAGUCUGGCCAGGAGAAUUUGGACAAUGGUUACUCUGAUCUCAUUUGUUUACUAUGAAAAUAUUUUUGAACCUGUAACGCUUUCUGGAUAUUUUUAACCCGGUGUACUCCGAAAGAAAAUAUUUAGCCCCUUUUUUCUCAGACGCUGAUGUCUUCAUUGGACUCCCCUCAUGUGGAGAUAGUGGGUCUCUCUCGGAUUUCCAACGUGGAGACGUAGCAUUCAGUCCAUCAGGGACUGCGACAGAACCCUGAGAGGCACAGGGGCUCUUGGCCCGCUUCCUCCAACCCUGAGCCCUGGACUCCUGAGACAAGAGAGGCGCAAGGUUUGUUUGGUGCGCUGGGUCAGAAUAUGAAAAACGCAGCUGGCGCGCGAUAGCAGCCUUUUUUCUCCUUUCUUUUUCUUUUUGGACUAAAACCGAACAUUUUUCUCGACGGGUUUUUUUCCCCCUGUCAUGAUUUAUGCAGACAAGUCAGCUGAGGACACUGAAUGAGUUGUGUUUUCUAUUUGGAUUUUAUCACCAACAGCCAAGCAAGUUUUAGGUCUGCAUGGGCCAUAAUUAAGCAUACACGAGACAAAAGUGAAGACAAGAGCCUCUUGACAUGAUGACACAGUUAUUAAUGCAGAAUGAGUCAGGCUUUCUUCAUAGGAACUGAGUCUAAAAUGAAGUUAUGGGAUGUUUUGGCUACGUGUUUGUUGCUCCUGAGCUCUGUUGCCACAAGGCCUCUCUACCCAAACACUCACCCAGCCAAGAGGACGUACUUCCCCAGAAGCUACCCUGAUUCUGUGUCCCUGUCCGUGGAAGAGCCGUUGUACCAGCGUGAAGACCGCAACCUGAAGGAGAUCUCCAUGGAGGAUCAGUAUGAUUCCGCAGGUCCCUAUCCGGAGCAGUUUGAGGACGUCAUGGACUUUAUUGAGGCCACCAUUGGCAGACUCAGACGAUCAUCUGACCCCAGUGGCGGCUCCAGGGGGCAGAGGGAGCAGAGGCAGCGAGGAGCGGCAAACACAGAGGGCCUGAGAGGCGAAGGGAGAGGGCAGGGGGGCAAGAGGCGGAAUCGGGGCCGAGGCGGCAAAAGGGGCAAGGGCGAGAAGGGGAAGGAGAGGAUAUCGGUGCAGAGUCGAGGCUGCCUGCUAAAGGAGGUGCAUCUCAACGUGACGGAUUUGGGGCUGGGAUACCAGACAAAAGAGGAGUUAAUCUUCCGCUACUGCAGCGGCCCCUGCGUGGAGGCGGAGACCAACUACGACAAGAUCUUGAACAACCUCACACACAACAAAAAGUUGGACAAGGACACGCCCUCCCGCACCUGCUGUCGACCGAUCGCGUUCGACGAUGACUUAUCUUUUUUGGACGACAACGUGAUGUAUCACACGCUGAAGAAGCACUCGGCUCGGAAAUGCGGCUGCGUCUGA